UCGUGUUUUUUUAUUAUUUUUUUUAUUUUUACGUGUCUCUUCCCUUCUUUGUUUCAAGGACAUUGCUCCCCCCGUCAUCCACAUUGCUCGAGCUUCUUUCGUUUGACUAGCAACUUCAUCAUCAAACCAUGGCCAAGCCCGUAGACAACAGCAACGACGAAAUCGCCACCGCCAUCCUCAAAAAGAAGUCGGCGCCCUUCCGCUUGAUUGUGGACGAGGCGCUGAACGACGACAACUCUGUCGUGUCGCUCAGCCAGGCCAAGAUGGACGAGCUGCAGCUCUUCCGCGGCGACACGGUCAUGGUCAAGGGCAAGAAGCGCCGCGACACGAUCUGCAUUGUGCUGUCGGACGACGAGUGCCCGAACGAGAAGAUCCGCAUGAACAAGGUUGUGCGCACCAACCUGCGCGUGCGCCUCGGCGACAUUGUCAGCGUGCACGCGUGCCCCGACGUCAAGUACGGCAGCCGCAUCCACGUCCUCCCCGUCGACGACACGAUCGAGGGCCUGACUGGCAACCUGUUUGAGGUCUACCUCAAGCCGUACUUCCUCGAGGCCUACCGACCCGUCCGCAAGGGCGAUCUCUUCCAGGUCCGCGGCGGCAUGCGCGCUGUCGAAUUCAAGGUGGUCGAGACCGACCCCGCGCCGUACUGCAUUGUCGCGCCCGAGACUGUCAUCCACUGCGAGGGCGACCCGAUCAAGCGCGAGGAGGAGGAGGAGACGCUCAACUCUGUCGGCUACGACGACAUUGGCGGCGCCCGCAAGCAGCUCGCCCAGAUCAAGGAGAUGGUCGAGCUUCCCCUGCGCCACCCCCAGCUCUUCCAGUCGAUUGGUGUCAAGCCGCCACGAGGCAUUCUGCUGUACGGCCCUCCCGGCACGGGCAAGACGCUCAUUGCGCGCGCUGUCGCCAACGAGACGGGCGCCUUCUUCUUUUUGAUCAACGGCCCCGAAAUCAUGUCCAAGCUGGCCGGCGAGUCGGAGAGCAACCUCCGCAAGGCCUUUGAGGAGGCCGAGAAGAACGCCCCCUCGAUCAUUUUCAUUGACGAGCUCGACUCGAUUGCGCCCAAGCGCGAGAAGACGAACGGCGAGGUGGAGCGCCGCAUUGUUUCGCAGCUCCUCACGCUCAUGGACGGCCUCAAGAGCCGAUCCAACGUGGUCGUCAUGGCUGCCACCAACCGCCCCAACUCGCUCGACCCCGCCCUCCGUCGCUUUGGCCGCUUUGACCGCGAGGUGGACAUUGGCAUUCCCGACGCGACUGGCCGUCUCGAGGUCUUGCGCAUCCACACCAAGAACAUGAAGCUGGGCGCGGACGUCGACCUCGAGCAGAUUGCCAACGAGACGCACGGCUAUGUCGGCUCGGACGUUGCUGCGCUCUGCUCGGAGGCUGCCCUCCAGCAAAUCCGCGAAAAGAUGGACUUGAUUGAUCUCGACGCCGAGACGAUUGAUGCCGAGGUCCUCGACUCGCUGGCCGUGUCGCAAGACAACUUCCGCUUUGCGCUUGGCGCCAGCAACCCCAGCGCACUGCGCGAGGCUGUGGUCGAGGUGCCCAACGUCACCUGGGCCGACGUCGGUGGUCUCGAGAACGUCAAGCGCGAGCUGCAAGAGCUCGUCCAGUACCCUGUGGAGCACCCCGAAAAGUUCCUCAAGUUUGGCAUGAGCCCGUCCAAGGGCGUCCUCUUUUACGGCCCGCCCGGCUGCGGCAAGACGCUGCUGGCCAAGGCCAUUGCCAACGAGUGCCAGGCCAACUUUAUCUCGAUCAAGGGCCCCGAGCUCCUCACCAUGUGGUUUGGUGAGUCCGAGUCGAACGUGCGCGAUGUUUUCGACAAGGCGCGCUCAGCCGCGCCCUGCGUCCUGUUCUUUGACGAGCUCGACUCGAUUGCCAAGUCCCGCGGCGGCUCGAGCGGCGACGCUGGCGGCGCUUCUGACCGUGUCAUCAACCAAAUCCUCACCGAGAUGGACGGCAUGAACGUCAAGAAGAAUGUCUUUAUCAUUGGCGCCACCAACCGCCCCGACAUUAUCGACUCUGCUGUGCUCCGCCCCGGCCGUCUCGACCAGCUCAUUUACAUUCCUCUGCCCGACGAGCCAUCGCGCCUGGCCAUCCUCAAGGCUGCCCUGCGCAAGUCCCCCAUCGCCCCCGACGUGGACAUUGACUACCUCGCCCGCUCGACCAACGGCUUCUCUGGUGCCGAUCUCACCGAGAUUUGCCAGCGCGCCUGCAAGCUUGCCAUCCGCGAGUCGAUCGACAAGGAGCUUGCCCGCGAGCGCGAGCGCAAGGCCCAGCGCGAGGCCAACCCGGACGCCAUGAUCACGGACGAUGCCGACGAGGACCCCGUCCCCGAGAUUCGUCGCGACCACUUUGAGGCCGCCAUGAAGUUUGCCCGCCGCUCUGUCAGCGAGACGGACGUCCGCAAGUACGAAAUGUUCUCGCAGACCCUCCAACAGUCCCGCGGCUUUGGCAACAACUUCCGAUUCCCCGGCGCUGCCCCCGGCCAAGCUCCCCCUGCUGCUGGCGGUGCUCCCGCACAAGGCGGCAACUUCCAGGACAACAAUGCCGACGACGAUUUGUACGCUUGAAGGAAGCAGAGGUGAAAAAGAACCAACAAAAAAAAAAAGUAACCUUGUGUGUGUUUGUGAUGUAUUUCCACCUUUUUUUUUUUUUUUUUUUUUUGUUUUUCUGUGUGUUUAACCAUUGAAUUUUGUUGUUGCCGUUGUUGUUGUUGUUGUUGUUGUCUCUUGCUAAAUACACGUGAAUGAAAUGAUGCAUGCGUUUACGAUGCUCGAAUCGCCCUUUGUUGAUCGUAGUUACGAACUCGGCUCAUCCCUAGUCGGGCUUCCCCCUCAUUCUUCACUACAUUCUUAGUAAACGAUACUUCCGC